ACUUAUUUAUUAAUCACUAACACAUUUUAACCUAACUUUCUUAACCUCAAAAAUAUAAUUUUCAAUGUCUCAUCCAAAUUCGGAAGAAAACAUUUUAAGUCUCGAUAAAAAUCCUUUUGAUGGUUUAAUAAUUCAAAACGAUAAUAUUUUAUAUGCUUUAGAAGGAAGGUAUGCGUGCCCAAAGUGUGGGAAAUCACGUAAAUUUUACUGUUAUUCCUGCUAUGUUCCCAUACCAGAAUUAAAGAACGUUUUACCAAAAGUUACGUUACCUGUAAAAAUUGAUAUAAUCAAGCAUAAACAAGAAAUUGAUGGCAAAAGCACCUCAGCUCAUGCAGUGUUAAUAGCCCCUGAUGAUGUACGAGUGUAUACUUACCCCGACAUACCUGAAUAUGAAGAAGAUCAAACUGUAUUAAUAUACCCGACUUGUAAAGCUUUAGAAAUAAGUCAAUUAUUUUCACAUAAUGGAAACAUAUCGGAUAUUAAAUCAGAAAUAAAAAUAGAUCUUCCAAAGGGUUAUAAUGCUGGAACACUUUUAAAACAAGUCUCCACCACAAAGAAUUAUUGCAAUUACAAAGGGGCCAAUAGCCUUCCAAUUAAAAGGGCUGUAUUUAUUGAUAGUACAUGGAAUCAAAGUAAAGGAAUAUACAAAGAUGAACGGAUAAGAAAAUUACCUUGCGUAGUCUUACAAAAUCGAAUUUCCCAGUUUUGGAGGCAUCAAAAAGGUAGCCCCAGGUGGUACCUAGCCACGAUAGAAGCAAUCCAUCAAUUUGUUUUAGAGAUUCAUCUAAAUGCAUGGGGUGUACAUCCCGAUUAUAAAGGACUUGCUAAAUGUUUUAAUGAAAAAAGUAUAAUUCAUUUUGAAGAAUUAAUAGUAAAUAAUGAGGAUGCUUAUAACGGUCAAUAUGAUAAUUUGUUAUUCUUUUUCAAACACAUGUAUUAUUUAAUUCAUACUUAUUAUGAACAUGAUAGUUUGUACGCUUAUAAAAGGAGAUUGAAUUAAAAUUUUUAUUCUAAAUAUA